AUGUGCGCUUUUGCGCUGCAGAAGUCGGGGCAGGCAACGGUCACGGCCAUCCUGCGGUCGAACUUUGACUUGGUGAAAAGCCAAGGGUUCCGAAUCCAAAGCGUCGACCAUGGGGAGAUCGACUCUUGGAGACCUCAUAAUAUUGAGCGUACUGUCCACGAUUCUCUCCAACACGGCCCCUUUGACUAUGUUGUCGUCGCCCUCAAGAACCUCCCUGACAUCUACUCGAUCCCGGAUAUCAUCGCUCCCGCUGUAACUCUGGAUCGCACCUCGAUCGUCUUGGUCCAGAACGGCAUCGACAUCGAACAACCUUUCGUUGACGCCUUUCCAAAAGCCACACUUCUGUCAGACGUCCCCAUGAUCGGAUGUGAGCUCAACGGCCGCGAGCUUCUCCACAAUGACCCGGACAUCCUCCAGAUCUCACCCUUUCCGUUUCAGAGCCACGGAAAGUCUCGAGACUCAUGUGUCAAAUUUGCAGACAUGUACAAUCUUGGGGGAGCGAAGUGCAACAUUCAAGAAGAUAUCAUCUGGUAUCGAUGGAGAAAACUCAUCUGGAAUGCAUCUUUCAACACAGUCUGCGCCUUGACAAACAUGGACUCGGGGACCGUACAGGAUGCCGGAGGUAUUGACACACUCAUUCGCCCCGCCAUGGACGAAGUUGUGGAAAUCAAGAGCAGCCGGUUCAUGCAGGUCGAUGCUAUUAGAGGACGACCAAUGGAGAUUGAGGUCAUUCUUGGCAACCCUAUUCGUACCGCGCGCAGCUUCGGAGUCGCGACUCCAACGCUGGUGGUUUUAUACAACCUGUUGAAGGCCAAGCACUGGCAGUUUACAGUCGGAAGAUGA